AACUUUAGUUGCACUAAUUUUUAACUGAAAAUGUUAAAUUUUAGACGCGUAUUAGCGCCAAGACGCUGCCUACUGACUUCGGCAAGACUUUCACACAAGGACGUACGCGUGCGUUUUGCGCCCAGCCCCACAGGACAGCUGCAUCUUGGAGGACUGCGCACAGCGCUUUAUAAUUUUCUAUACACACGUCAUGUAGGCGGCAAAUUUUUGCUACGGAUAGAGGAUACGGAUCAAACGCGGCUGGUGCCGGGUGCUACAGAGCAACUCAUAGAGGAUCUGCUGUGGGCAGGCAUAGAAAUCGAUGAAGGUCCUGGUUUUGGCGGUGAUAGAGCACCUUAUAUACAAAGUCAACGCACGCAGCUGUACAGCGCUGCGGUAGAGCAGCUGCUGCAGUCAGGUCACGCCUAUCGCUGCUUUUGUACAGAACGCCGCUUGGAACUCUUACGCAAGGAGGCGCUACGUACGCGUCAAGUACCACGCUAUGAUAACAAAUGCCGGCAGCUAACUGCAGCGCAGUUGGAGCAACUGUUAGCCAAGGGCACUCCCUAUUGCAUACGCUUUAAGCUCACAUCGCAUGAGGAGCCGCUGCAGGAUCUAAUCUAUGGCAGCGUAGCGCAUAAUGUCAGCGAAACCGAAGGUGAUCCUGUCAUCAUGAAGAGCGAUAAUUUUCCCACAUAUCAUUUGGCCAAUGUGGUAGAUGAUCAUCAUAUGGGCAUAACACAUGUGCUGCGUGGUGUGGAGUGGCAAAUAUCAACCACAAAGCAUUUGCUGCUUUAUAACGCCUUUGGCUGGCAGCCACCACAAUUUGGGCAUUUGCCGCUGUUAGUGAAUGCGGAUGGCACCAAGCUCAGCAAGCGCCAGGGUGAUAUAGGCAUAACACAGUUUCGUGAACGUGGUUACUUCCCAACAGCUCUACUGAAUUAUAUAGUAAGCGCAGGCGGUGGCUUUGAGCACAAAGCUAAUGCCAAGCCACAGUUAUUAACGCUGCAGCAAUUGGCGACAGAAUUUAGCUUGGAGCGCGUUAAUGCUCAUCCGUCCAGACUAAAUGCAGAGCUGCUGAAUGAUUACAAUCAGCUAGAGAUUAAGCAGCGAUUGGCGCAUAAGGAAACACGUUUGCAGCUGGUGCAGCAUGUGCAACAGCUGGUCAAGCAGGCCUAUCCCGAGCACAACAAUUUGGACUUGGCUGAGGCACAUAUAACUGAAGUGCUGCAGUGGGCAGCGCAACGCUUGACGCUGUUACAGGAUUUAACUAGCAGCAAGUUGAGCUUUCUCUGGGUGAAGCCACACAACUAUGAAUUGCAGCAUCUAAGCGUGGAGCAAUUACAGCAGCUGUUGCAACAACUAACAGCCUUGCAACAAUUUCACAAGGAUGAACUUAAUGUCACGCUCAAAGCUUAUGCGCAAACAACAAAAGUUAAAUUUCCCAUAUUGAUGAAAACGCUACGUGGCGCUUUGAGUGGCCUACAAGAAGGUCCUGGUGUAGCUGAAAUGAUGGAAAUCCUAGGCAAGGCUGUGGUGUUGCAACGUCUGCAAGAAAGUUUAAAGCAAAACAACAAAUUGCAGCUAGAACUCUGACUAAAUUUUAUUUAA